UGCAUAAACUAUUGAAAUCAAGCAAAUUUUUCAACAUUUUACAAGUAAAGAAAGUACCAAGGCCACACCUUACAUCUUAUUGGUACAAGAACUUCUCCAAUAUAAAAAGGUGUGUAUUCCAUAACAGUUCCUUCACUUCCUUAGCCAUCAUCAUCAUCAUCUACUGUCACUUGUUCACUGACACUGUCAUUUUCAUCACUAUCACACUCCAAAACAACUCUGACACAGAACAAACACCUCUCCUUAUUCCAUUGUUUCCAAGGUUGUCUCCUGUGUUUGGUCCCCACAAACAACUCUCCUUUUUCAUUUCUCUUUUCACUUUGCUAUGGAAAUGGAAGGUUAUGAUAUAUUUGGAGAUGCUACUGAGAGAAUUGGUAAAAAUGGUUUUGAAGUAAACAAUGAGGUAAUUGGAAGUGGGUAUGGUUCAAGUUUCUCUCUGGUUUUGGAUAGGGAGAGAGGGGAGCUUGUAGAGGAACCUGUUAAAAUGGAAGGAAAGGGUGUGUCCACUACAGAGAGAAGUGUUGAAGCUUUGAAGAAUCAUAGUGAGGCAGAAAGGAGGAGAAGAGCUAGGAUUAAUGCACAUCUUGAUACUCUUCGUUGUGUCAUUCCAGGUGCUUUGAAGAUGGACAAAGCAUCAUUACUUGGUGAAGUAGUUAGACACUUGAAAGAGCUAAAAAGGAAUGAAACACAAGCAUGUGAAGGUUUAAUGAUACCAAAGGACAAUGAUGAAAUAAGUGUUGAAGAACAAGAGGGAGGUUGGAACGGUUUUCCUUUUUCAAUUAAAGCAUCACUAUGUUGUGAAUAUCAACCAGGUUUAUUGUCUAAUAUAAGACAAGCCCUAGAUGCUCUUCAUCUCAUCAUCAUGAAAGCAGAUAUUGCAACUUUUGGAGACAGAAUGAAGAAUGUCUUUGUUGUAAUAAGCUGUGAAGAACAAAACUUUGAUGCUGCUGAAUACAGACAGUUUCUUGCUGGUUCUGUUCACCAAGCUCUUAAGUCUGUACUUAGUAGAUUUUCUGUUUCACAGGAUAUGCUAAGAGCAAGAAAAAGAAGGAGGGUUUCUAUAUUCAGUUCUUCAUCUUUAGAAAAUUUCUUAUAAGUUCCUUUGUCAAGUAAUUUGAAUUUUUAUAUAUCCUUACCAUGUUUAAAUGUGAUGAGGAAGUGAGUGAUGAUAAUAGUAAUUUCUUGUACCAUGUAAACUCAUGUAUAAGUGCUCCAAUGAUUUUCUCCAACUC